AUGCUUAGAACAGCAGUCGCUGUUGGUAUGCUGCUUCAUAUUUUCAUAAUUUCAUCAGCCAACAUCGAAGCAAAACCCAUCCCGAAUCAACAAUUGAUUCCUGAUCAGAAUAUUCCGGAGGAAACACCCGAACAAAAAUUUCAACGAUCGGACCGCAACGGUGAUGCUAAAUUGACGUUCGAUGAAUUUCUUCACACCGAUUUGCCUUACGAUCGUAUCAAAAAAGAUGAAUUUGAUAUGUACGACAUAAACAAAGAUGGCUUGGUGAGUCGAGAGGAGUACGAUGAACACUGGCGUCAACAGAAAGAGAAAUCAAUCAAUCGACGAGCUAAAUACUUCGGGAAAAUUUAUGAGGAUUUCGACGAGAAUUUUGACAUGAAAUUGAGCGAAGAUGAAGUGAAAAAAAUUCUGGCUAAUCGUUUCUUGUUGAAAACGAAACCGAAUUUCGGUGAAUUCUUUUCCAAGUUCGAUAAAAACAACGAUGGUGGACUCGAUAUUCAUGCUAGAAGGAAACAAAGUGAGCGACGUAAUCCUGGUCAGUUGGAUCUGACAUUAACGAAUAUAUCAAUAAUGAUACUGAAAAUAACAGUGGUGAUAAUAAUCACAAUAACAACUAUCAUAAUGAUGCUCACAACUAUCAGUGCUAUUGCCACUAGUAUUGAUGUUAUCACUAGUAUUGAUAGUAACUGGAUGUUCUUUACACUCACUAGCUCAUGUCUAAUCGCCGCUUCAAUGAUGAUCUGUCUCGUAGACUUAACGCAUAGUCGUGCUAUUGACUUUCGAUUGCCUGAUGCAGUAUUAUCCGAAGAAACACCUGGUGAAAAAUUCUCGAGAUCCGAUGCUAAUAACGAUGAGAAGCUGUCAUUUGACGAAUUUUUGCAUAUGGAACUUCCAUACGUAUUGAUGAAGAGAACCGAAUUCGGUGGUUAUGAUGCAAAUGAGGAUGGCUUCAUUUCCAAAGCCGAAUAUGAUUCUAAGUUGCAUAGGUAUAUAGAUAAAUACGAUGGUCGUCGUGCGCAUUACUUCGGAAAAAUUUAUGCAGAUUAUGAUGAGAACUUCGAUAUGAAGUUAAGUAAGGAUGAAGUGACUAAAAUGAUCAGCAAUCGUUUCCAAUUGAAACCGGGAUCGAACUUCAAUGAAAUUUACCGUUCGUUUGACGCAGAUAAGGACGGUGGAUUGGAUAUUGACGAGUACAUGAAAUUCGAUGACGAUAUGCCAUUGGAUGAAUUUGUGCCCGAUGAGUCAAGAUCGCCUGGUCCACCAAGGCCAAGUGUGCAUUGCGAUGAUGAAGAAGAUUCGAAUGAAGUUAGUACGGUAACAGAGGAAACUGUUAACUCGAUGCAUAGAACCACUAAAGCUUCUUCUUCACACGGAAACAAGAAAUCAACGGCGCAUCAUCACUGA